GAGGGAAGGAGGAGGAGGAGGCGCUGCAGGAAACCGGCUGGGUGGGGUUCAGCGGAGGGAAGGGGCUUCCGAAAACCGGGCGCGAGGCUCGUCCCCUCGGCGGAGAGAGCGGGAGAUCUGCGCCCAGAGGCCCGAAAGAAGAAAUCCUGUUGUGAAUAAUUGCAGUUGAAAAACACGGGUCAAACAUGGCUGAGUUGUCACCUGAAGAAAUUCAACUGAGAGCCCAUCAAGUUACAGAUGAGUCUUUGGAAAGCACAAGGAGGAUCCUUGGCCUGGCCAUUGAGUCACAAGAUACUGGAAUCAAAACCAUUACCAUGUUAGAUGAACAAGGCGAAAAGUUAAACAACAUAGAAGAAGGUAUGGAUCAAAUAAACAAAGACAUGAAAGAAGCUGAAAAGAACUUGACAGAGCUUAAUAAGUGCUGUGGUCUCUGUGUCUGUCCAUGCAAUAGAACGAGGAACUUUGAGACUAGUAAAACAUAUAAGACAACAUGGGGUGAGAACUCAGGUGAUCAUAUAAUAACCAGACAACCAGGACGGGCAGAAAAUUACCAACAACAGACCUCAGGAGGACCAAGUGGAGGAUACAUAAAGCGGAUAACAAACGAUGCCAGAGAAGAUGAGAUGGAGGAUAACUUAACUCAAGUGGGACACAUCUUGGGAAAUCUGAAAAAUAUGGCUGUGGAUAUGGGCAGUGAGAUUGAUUCACAAAAUAAGCAAAUAGACCGAAUAAAUGUGAAGGCUGAAACUAACAAAGACCGUAUUGAGCAAGCCAAUGCAAGAGCCAAAAAGCUUAUUGAGAACUGAUAGCCAUUGCCAGUUUUCAGUCAACUGAAAUCUUUUCUCAUUCUACAAAUAUCCUCACUUUCCAAAGAAGAGAAGCAACGUUCAGAAAAUGAUACAGAGCAGAACAUUAUUGUAUUGUACAUGUUUAGCAUGAAAAUCCAGGAAAAUAGCACAACAGAAAUGUAACUUUCUUAUUAAUGUUCAUAUCCUCAGGGCUUCAUUUUUCUUGGUUUGUCCUUUCUGUGAGGUUAGUCUUACCACCACCACUCUUUUUUUUUCUUUCCUUUCCUUUCCUUUCCUUUCCGUAUGGCAACUCAGAGAUAAGAGUGCAAACUGACUGAUUAUAAAGGCAAAGAGAAUGCACUCACUAAAUUUAAUUACCUCACUUAAUACUGCAUUAUCAUCGCUGAAUUGGUGGAUGAUGGAUUUUCAUGAAAUGUACAUAUUUGUAGAAAUUAAACUUGCUCCUAUUUUUUCAAAACAUUUGAUUUCAUUACCAAGUUUUUCAUAAAGGGGAAAGAUGAUAAUGGAUAUAAAGUAUACUUUCAAGCCAUAGCUAUUCUAAUUUGCAUGCAAAUUAGGUAAAUAAGCAUACAAAAAUCCAUAAUGCAUAAAUGCAGCUCAGACAAAUUUAAACAUUUCUCACUUUUGUCUCCAAAAGAUUGGAUUUUUCAAUCCUAAUUUCUUUUGCUUCUUUCACAGAAACUAUGUAUGUUAGUGGAAUUAGAGGAAAGGGCAACUCAGACAGCUUGACUUGGAGCAUGUUACCCUUGGUUAUUUAGAAUCUCAUGAGAUUGCAAGGAAAUUAAAAUAUGCCUUUAUAUAAAUAUCCUGAACCUCUGCCAUUUUUAAACAGUGUAUUUGUAGGUAUUAAUACUGCUGAGAUUGGUCUAUGAAAUCUCUGGAUCUUUUAAAACAUUUUAUCAGAAAUGCACAAAAUUCAUAAAAGUAUUCUUUAUAGAAAUGUAUUAUCCUUUUAAUAUAAACAAUUCAUACAAUCUGUACAAAUCUGUAGAGGGCAGCAUAUUGUGAUUUCAAUACUGUAUUUAUUAAAAAAAUAUUGGGGCUUAAAUAAUCAAAAUCAGGGUACAAUCUAAGUUGAAUGAAGUCAAAAGCCAUCUUCUUCUUAGUGAUAUUAAUAACUGCUGUUUCACAUUUUCUAUCUGGACCAUACGUUCUCAUUCACUUUUCAAAGAAAUCUGUUUCAAGCACUGCUUUAUUAUUAAAAUUGACCUGAAUUUGAUCCAACUCACAAAAUUUUAAUGGUGGUAUGGUUCUGCAGGCAUCACAAAUUAUGAUUUAUUGUAUUUGAAUUGCUGCUUAUCAAAUUUUCUUUAAAAAUGUUAGUAUGUAGAAGGAUCCAAGGGAAACUGCUAUGAAUCACUGUUAAUGAGCUGUAAGCUGUUGAAUGGGUCACAUGGUGUAGUUUGCUGUAAUAAGUACUUGACCUAGAGCCUAUUUCAGUUUACUCCCAUUUCAGGAUUAAGGUUCUAGAUUUGGUUUCUCUCAUAUCUAUACAAAUGACCAAAUUUCAAAACUUCUAGAUGCCCAGUCUUUCGCAAGAAAGGUUUAAUUCUCUUCUAAUUAAGAAUCCACCAAAUUGUUGAUUUAUUCAACGGCACAAUAUUUAGCAGAACUUGUAUUUUAUUCAACUUGAAGCUAUAAAGUUCUAGUCCUUGCAUGUUUUGCUGCAAGUCAAAGGAUUACCUGCAACAAUCUAGAUACUAUAAAGAAGCU